GCUUCUCUAAAAACUUUAGUUUAUUAGUUAAAAAUGCCUCGUUCUGAGUUUUCACAUCAUUUCUCAAGGGUUCAUGAUAUUCCACCAAAAUGUUGGAAAAUUGCAGGAUUGGUAGCUGUAAGUGUUAUUAGCGCAAAAGUAAUAGUAAAAUUGGUAAAAAGACGAAACCGAAGACUGAAAAUUAAAGGAAAGCAAGAUGAGUUGAGAGAAGCAAAAGCCAGACUAAAACAGCAGCUACAGAAUGAUCAAAUAACUAAAGAGAAAAGUGAAAAAAUAACUCGACUCUCUAUAACUGAACUACAAGCUAAGUUACAGAAGGAUGAAUUGAAGGCAGUAGAUGUAUUAAAAGCUUAUCAAUUUAAGGCAUUAGAAGUUAAUGAAAGUACAAAUUGUAUUGUUGAACCUAUAGUGGAGGCUGAGGCUUGGGCAAGAGAUUUGGAUAAAAUGAAAGGACCUAAAGGUCUUCUUCAUGGCAUACCAUUUAGUAUUAAAGAAUCUUAUAACUUGAAGGGUUAUGAUGUAACUGCUGGUUUAAGCUAUUUUAUACACAGACCAGUUGAUAAUGAUGCUGUUUUAGUUAAGGCUAUUAAAGAUGCUGGUGGUAUACCAUUUGUUAGAACCAAUAUACCACAAACAAUGUACACAUAUGAAUGUUCCAACCCAAUCUAUGGUGUAACAACUAACCCACAUGAUGCCUCAAGGUGCCCAGGUGGUUCAAGUGGUGGAGAGGGUGCUAUUAUUGGUGGUGGUGGUUCUAUUGUAGGAAUAGGAUCAGAUAUUGGUGGAAGUAUUCGUAUACCAUCUCACAUGUGUGGAAUUGCUGGAUUGAAACCUACAGUUCAACGUUUGAGUGGUAGCAAUACUUUCCAUGAUACUGAUGGUCAAAGAAAUGUACUGCCAUCUGUAGGACCAAUGGCUAGGAGUGUAGAUGGAGUUGUAUUAGCUAUGAAAGCAUUCCUCAGUGAAUCAAUGUUUACUUCAGAUAAUUACAUACCUCCACUACCAUUUAAUAAUCAGGUUUAUGAAAGUAAGAAACCAUUACGUAUUGGAUACUACACCUAUGAUAAUGUUAUACAUCCAGUACCAGCUUGUGUUAGAGCUGUUAAAGAAGCUAAGACUGCACUGGAAAAACUUGGUCAUACACUUGUACCAUUUACACCACCAGAUGUAGAUAAAGCAUUACCCUUCCUAUUUGUUACCAGUGUUUUUGGUGAUAAUUGUUAUGAAAUGGGCAAAUAUCUGAAAAAUGAUGAAAUAGAUAAGACCUUCUUCCUUAACUACCAUCUCUAUCAAACAAUUCCACGAGGUCUGAAAAAACUCUUAGCUUAUAUAGUUAGAAUUAAGGAUAGAGUUGCUGGUGACAUCUUACUAAACAAUGGUGUCUUAUACACCCAAGAUUGGUGGAAUUUGGCCACCAAAAUUAGUUUAUAUAAAAAUAAAGUUACACAGAAAUGGAAAGAUGAAAAUUUAGAUGCUGUAUUGUCGCCAGGAUUUGGUUGUACAGCAUUGCCAUCUUACAAAUCUGCUGAAGUUUCUACUGUUUUAUCCUAUACAACAAUAUGGAAUCUAUUAAACUUCCCAGCUGGAAGUGUUCGUGUUACCAAUGUUGAUCAACAAGAUCAGUCUGAUUUGAAUAAUACAGAAGUUUAUCCUGCUCAGAGUUUUAUAGAACGUGAAUUAAAAAAGUUAUGUACAGAUAGUGUUGGUUUACCAGUAAAUGUACAGUGUAUUGCUCUGCCAUUUCAAGAAGAAGUGGUUUUACGUUUAAUGAAAGAGAUAGAGUUCAAUGUAUGAAAAUACAGAAAAUGAGUUGUAGUAAUCUUCCCUUUAGUGCUGUAAUAAAUAAACUUAAGUAUAUAGUUGGUUUUCAGAGGUGAUCUUAUAUAUUUGUUAUAUUUCAUUAUUCUAGGUUAUGCUUUUUUUAUUAGUAAGCUAAUAGUAUUUAAAUCUGCUCAUACAUAUUUUUAAGCCAAUUGUAUGAUUAGCCCUUAUUUACUAUUAUGCAGUUGCUUGAUAAUGCUCAUACUUAUAUUAUUGUAUGAUAUUAUACAAAAGAUAAUUAUGUACAAAAAUGCGCUAUAUACAAUUGAAAAGACUCAUACUGUGUUUUUAUGACAAUUAGAUGUAGACUUGCUUUGUUUUUAUAUAAAAACUUAGUGAAUACUAUAUUAUAAUUUUCAUACAUCGUAAAAUACUGAUAUCGUAAUGCUCAUACUUUCUGAACUACUCAACUAUACAAUGAAUAAAUAGUUCAUACUACAGUUCAUUGAACAAAGGUUGUCCUAAUUGUUAAAUAUUUAUUAAAUGUAAUGCUUAUACUUUCUGAACUACCCUAUUGUAGGAUAAGUAACUAAUAGUUCAUUUUAUUGUACCUAAACAAAGAAUCUCUUAUAUAUACUAAAUGUUUAAUGUACUAAAAUAUGUAAUGUUUACCAAACUACUCAAAAGGUACUGUAAUAAAUAGUUCAUACUAUUGUACAUGACUAUUUCAUGCUUAAUAUUUUGUGUACUUUUGUACUGAUCUUAAUAAAUGUAAUGCUCAUAUUGUACAAUGAAUAAUAAAUGCUGGAGUAUAUGAACAAAGGUUUUCCUAUUUAUACUUAAUAUUUUAUGUACUUUUGUACAGAUCUUAAUAAAUGUAACACUCAAGAUUUCUGAACUACUCAAACUGUACAAUGAAUAAUAAAUGGUGGAGUAUAUGAACAAGGAAUUUGCUAGUGAUGCUUAAUGAUUAAUGUACUAUUGUAAAAGUGUUAACUACUCAAAUUGUACAAUGAAUAACAUAUAUAUAUCGAACAGUUUUUUUUUUUAAUGCUCUUCUAAUAUUAUGUCCUUAUAUAUUAUAAGUUCCUUAUAUUAAACAUUGAUUAGCCAUUUUGAAUUUAGCAUAAUUCUUAUGCAUUUGUUUAGAUUUUUAUGUACCGUACUUUUAUGGGUUGAUAGCAUUAUUCUUAAAUAAAAUAUAUA